UCCAAGUAGUACAUUAAACGUAUAAAAUAAAACUACUGUAAAAUUGUAUAAUUUAUUUACUUAGCUGAAUGGUUCGUAAAAAUUUGAUCCUAGCAUUUUCUGUGACGGAUUCAUAUGCUUCCGUGUUCCUCUCCCGCCAUCCGUAUUCCGCACCCCAUAUAAAUAAAUUGCGAAAAAAAGAACCAAGCAAAAGUUUUCUAAUCUGUUGCCACCAUAGAAUAACAAAAUGACAACAGAAACACCUGGUCAAGAAGAACAAGCCGAACAAGAAUACCCUGUGAAAGUAUACGUGUAUGAUCUUUCUCAUGGUCUAGCAUCAUUAUAUUCACCCAUGAUUCUUGGCAAAUCUAUCCCAGCAAUUUACCACACCUCAGUUGUCAUACGCAACAGAGAAUAUUAUCUCGAUCAAGGGAUAAAACUGCAUUCUCCACCUGGUUCUACAAGAUUUGGAGUCCCAAUUGAGAUCAUAGAUAUGGGUACCACGUCUAUUGAUGAAGAUAUCUUACAAGAAUUCAUUGAGGAUUUGAAAAAUCAUGAAGAUAUGAAAUACCAUGCUAUAAGUUAUGAUUUGUUCCGAAAUAAUUGUAAUCAUUUUACUGAUGUUAUGGUUGAAUUUUUAGUUGGAAAGAAUUUAGAAGAUAGGAUAUUAAAGUUGCCAGAAUUGGUGUUGAGUACUGGUAACGGUCAAUUAUUACAACAAAUAAUAUACGGGGGGUCCCCCGCUUUUGGAAAUUCUGGUCAGUGGCAAAAUCCUUAUCAAUAGAAUAACUUCAUUAAUGGAAUGUUGUUAUUUGCUAAGUGGUAGUGUGGUAUACACAAAUUGUACGUAAUGUGUAGAUGGUUGUAUAGUACAAAAAUUGUUAGUGUGUUAAUUUAAAAUUAGGCAGCCAAAAAAAAAA